AUGGACGCCCCGGCGUACGGCCGUCCUCUCCCCGGCCCGGCCGGCCCGGCUCCCAAUGUCAGUCACGCCUCAUCAACCACUUCAACCACCGCCGCCAGCAGUCCCCAUGGAGGCUCCCGGAAGAGAACCCUCAGCUCCGCCGCCGAUCAGCACUCGCCUCUAUCCGAAGAGCCCGCUAGGCUGGGGCCCUCCUUGUCCUCCGCUGCCGCCGCCGCCGCGAAUCGCCGCAAGCUGCAAAAGGUCAGCCGCGCGUGUGACUUUUGCAAGCAGCGCAAGGCAAGGUGCAGCGGGACUAUACCCUGCGACAAGUGUACUGGAAAGGGGCUCACUUGCGUUUACGAUGCAAAGUACUCCCGAGGACGUCCCCCAACGCCUCCGCCUUCGGCCGUUUGGUCUUCCGCGUCCAACGCCGUGUCCGGAUCCGAGGAACCGCCCGUCGUCGCGUAUCGUACGACUGAAGGGGAGGGAGGAGGAGAACACGCCACUGCUCCGGCGGCACCUUCACGUUCGUUGAGGGGACAUGUGCGCGAGAGCCAGGGCCUAGGGUCGCGGGCCUCGCCCGAACUCGGGAUAGCAGAGAUCCAGGGUCAAGUCUUCGACCCGACGUCCGGCGUCACCUUCUUGCAUAGGGCCUGGAAGCGACUCUCGAAACACGAGAGUAACAUUGUUCCGGACGAGCUCAGUGCCUCGACCGAAGGCCAGCCACUCAUGCUAGCCGGCGACAAGCCGCUACCCCCUGUAACAGACGAGGACGUGACCAACCUGUCGCUGCCCGACUCUGAAGAGCUCAAGGAUCUUUUGGCUCUAUACUUUGACUUGUCCAUCGCGACCUACCGCGUCCUACAUCGCCCUUCCGUCGAGGCAUGGCUGAGGACCAUGACCACGAACAUCCGCCACGGAAAAGCUGUCUGGCAGGACAUUGGCCGUGCUAGAGCAUCCAUCGUCCUCACGGUGCUUGCCAUUGCCACUGCCCACAAUGAAAAGUCAAAGGGGUCGCAUUCACCGGAAGGUGAGGCGCUAUCCUUGGCUCGAGGUGACCAGCUCUUUUGCGUUGCCCUGCAACUCACAGAACGUGAGACGGGGCUCCCGCGGCUGGAAUCAGCUCAGUCACGCCUGAUUCAGGUCCUCUACCUCCUCACCACGUCACGGAUGAACCGUGCCUGGUACACCUUUGGAAACGCGCUACAGAUCAUAUCUGCCCUGGGUAUGCACAGGAAAGGGGCUAAGAAACGACACUUAACACCGGGCAACUCGGAUUAUAUUCAGGCACAGUGUCGUAUGCGGACAUUUUGGACCAGCUAUAUUCUGGAUAACCAUCUGGGCGUCAUAUUUGGUCGUCCACGCCACUUCCAUGAUGAUGACAUUGAUCAAGACUACCCGGAUAAGAUCACCGACGAGGAUAUGGCUGCACAAGGGCCCAUUGAGAGAUCAGAAGAGCAUUCUGACUGUCACAUUGAUGCACUCAUAUUCCAUGCCAAGAUUGCACAAAUCAUCGGAAAUACGUCAAGAGAAGUCUACUCAAUAAAGGCCAUCUCCGAACAAGAACGCGUCGCCGCCGCACAUCGCCUCAGCGAGAAGAUCCACGACUGGCGUGCCAGUCUCCCACCUCACCUGGGUUCGAUCCGCCCGUCGAUGCUGAUCCCGAGCUUCCGUCGCCAAGCCACAGUCCUCAAGCUGGCCUACUCCCACGCCAUCAUGCACGCGAAUCGUCUCUUCCUCCUCGGAAACCCGAGCUCCGGGAGCGAGACGCAAAUCGUGGAGUGCAUCGGCGCGGCGAGGACGGUGCUCGAGACCGUCGACGGCAUGGCCGCCGAGGGCCCAAUCUUCCACGCCUUUUGGUGGACGCAGUACGUUACCUUCUGCGCCCUGCUGGUGACGUACGUCUGUGACAUUCAGCAGAAGAGGCGAUGGGUCACGCUCGAUGGCGAGGGCAAGGCCAAGCAUACCAAGCUCAUGGACUUGGCCGAGCGGUGCCAGACGCAUCUCGCGCACGCCACGGCGUCCAACUCUCCGAGCCGCCGGUACGCCAUCAUUCUAGAAGAGUUCAGGACAGAGGGACUCGGUCAGGUGUCACGGCAGGCUCAGGUGUCUUCGCAGGCGCCUCGGACGUUGGCACCUCGACUGGAUGCGUCCUCUGCAUAUAACCAUGUGCCACCCCCGCAAACGAAUGGGGGAAACGAAGCAGCUUCCAUGACGGCAGGUGGAUUCGGCUUCAACCACGCGUAUGCUACUGAAUCCGGUACCGUUGAUCCAAUGGACCACGGCGACGCUGGGUUUCUCGGGUCUAAUGUGCUGGAUGAGUGGCAGACGACCGAUUGGCUGGACCUCGACUCUUCUGCUUUUGGCCCAUACUUAGACGUUGAUUCAAACCCGCUGGCUUGGAUGCCGGAUAUAGGAGGCUAG